UUCGCGGAGAGUUUGGAAGACAAAGUGAGGAGAUUCAGGCAGGAGAGCAGUGUAUACAAAUGGGAUGAAAAAGAAGACGAACCAGGUAAAGGUAAGAUCUAGUGUUGCAACAAUUGUUUUCUAAGGCACUUAACUCUAGAGACAACAGACUCAAAUAUGUUGAGACAACCCCAGAUCGAAGAUUAUAGUUCAGUUUUCUUAAAGCUAUAGUCAUUUAAUCGAUACAUACAUCAAAUUUGUUGCAAUACACAAGUUAUCUUUUCGUUUCUAACACUGUUUUAUAAACUCGCUUAGCUCAGAGACAAGCCGGAGAAAAGCGAGGGUAAACUUGUUACGGUUAACUGAAUUCCUGCAACCAUGUGGCUCACUGAUGUCAACGAAUUGAAAGCGUUUGUAGCCGCAUGAACUCUAGCCUCCCAUGCAGGCGUUUUUAGGGGAGCUCGUUUUUCAUCCCAAACGAAGAACGAGCUUCCCUAAAAAUGCCUGCGUGGGAGGCUACAUGUACUCCUCAGCACUGGCAGAAUCUGAUAUCUUAUUUUACUUUCAGUGAACAACAUGGCAGAAACUGUAGAUGGAAAAGAUUUGGAGACUCAACUCAAAAAAGUUGCUUUGGCAUCCGCAUGCACACUGACGGGACCAACAGGAUUUUGCACCCCCGACAGGGGCGAAGGUUCAGACGUUAUACUUACGUUCAUAGUUCCUUAGUUAAUUAAGGACAUCAACUGUCACUGCUCCGGUAUAAUGCGUAUAUACGUUUCUAACGUUAACUCUUUCGUAUAGGCUUCGAGAGUUUAGAGGACAGAGUGAGGAGAGUCAGCAGGCGGGAGGGCACGGUAUACAAAUGGGAUCUAAAAAACUGAAGACAUAUCAGGUAAAAGUAAGAUCUAGUGUUGCAGCAAUCGUUUUCUAAGUAACUUAACUCUAGAAACAACAAACUAAAAUUUUAUGCUGAGUAACCCCAGAUCGAAGAUUGCAUGCAGUUCAGUUUUCUGAAAGCUCUGAAGUCAUUUAAUGGAUACAUACAAUACACAGUUCCUAACACUGUUUUACACACUUUUAAUUGUCUCCGAAUUAAAACUCAAAGACAAGCAGGAAAAAAACUACAGGAGGGUAAACUUGUUAUUUGUUAACUGAAUUCAACCAUAUAGCUCGUAUAUGACAAAGAAUUGAAACGUUUGUAGCCGCGUGUAAUCUUCAGCACUGGCCGAAUCUGAUAUUCAUCUUAUUUACUUUCAGGCCAACUGAUCUAUGAAAGGACGCCUCGCAUAGAUGAAGAGACAAUUGCCGCGUACGAUAAAAGACAUAAAAAUGGACUUUUUAUACCUGCGGUUGCAGUAAUAAAUUACUAGUCCUCCGCAAAUUUAUUUAAAAUAAAUCAUCAAGUUUGAGG